AUGACGACAGCCAUUGCUAUGAGUGAAUGCAAACGAAUCAUUCUUGUUGCUCACAAUAAUAAAAAAGCAGAACUAAUUGAAUAUCUUAAACAAUAUGGUGAUAUACUUGCUCAACAUAAACUAUAUGGGACUGAUACAACUGAAUCGUUAGUAGAAAAAGAACUCGAAAUAACUGUGACCAACUUUGAAAGUGAUUCACUUGAUCGAGGCCAACAAUUAGGAGCAAAAAUUACUAAACACGAACUUGAUGUCUUCAGUUUUUUCAUUGAUCCGUUAAACUCUCAUCCUCAUACGGCUAAUAAAAUAACAACAGAAUAUAUUGAUCAGAGUUCUUCCGUACCAACAACAACACUUCAAUAUGAAACAUUAGUAAAAAAUGAGGAUGAUAUAUGA